AAUUCAAAUAUGAAAAUACUUUAUUGAUCCCAAAAGGAAAUYAAAUGUUGUUUUAACUCAUAUUAAUUCAAGUUAGAUGGUGAUGAUUGCUGUCCAACUACACACCAUCCAAAACAAGAAGGAACAGUUAACCAAAAGAAAAAAAUAAUUUUUUCCAGCUCCGUUGGUCCUGAGUGGCRCAAUUUGUUAUAAGGUUUCUAAGUUUGUUUUAAUUUGCCCACUAACUGAAGUACUUUUGAAUAAUAUACUUUUAUUUGUGCUGGUUUUUCAAUAUUUUGAAGCGUGUCGGUUGGUUUUUCUCAUCUCUGACUUUGUUUUUGAAAUCAACUGAUUGAUUUGGGAUUCUUGUCUCAGUGCCUCGGUUUUGUGUUUUUUUGCAAUCACGGAAAGAAUUCAGUAAUAAUCAAUAAGAUUUUAGUCUCACUAUAAAAUCUCUUCCUCUGUCAGGAAACAUUUCCUCAUUGCCUCGCAGCUUCUACAAGCGAGAUCUAAACACUCUGAACGUCUUUUAUUCCAGCGUUUCUUUGCCUGACGCCUCCCUGUGCACCUUCCUGUCUGUUAGGCUGGAACGUCUGAAGACCUUUUCAAACACAUGAACCCUCUUUUCCCAAAGUGUCGCCUCAUUCAGCAGCAAGCGAGCGGGCUUUUCUUCUUAGCCUCGCCUUGUUUAGGUCUCAUCCCCCAACGGGAGUGUUUCUCUCUUUUUUUCCUGGUUGCUUCUAAAGAGUUUGUAACCAGCUUUGAAAAGCAGCAGAGGCAGGUUGGGGGAUAAAGAAGGAAACUUGUCAAACUGAUCUUAAGAAAUCACAUGAACCUGAUUUCCACAGACACUCUUGCAAUGCUUUCUUUACAACUGCAACUCUAAAAUACUAAUUUUCAUUAAAAAAAUACAAAAAUAAAAAUAUUUUUGCAUUUUCACUUGACAUUUCCAGUCAGAACCAUUACAUAAAGUAGCUGUUAUAAAUAUAUGGAAGUCCAGUUUUGAGUUUUGGCCAUAAAUGUGUUAUUUAGUGAGAGAAAAUGGCUUUGAAAUUGAAAACCAGUAAAAAAUACAGGUUUUUAUCAAGUUAAUUUUUCACAAGUUCCCUUUUUUCAGUUUGUCUGGUUUUGAAGAUCAUCAGAGAAAUAUCAUUCUGUGUCUUGAAAAAGUCAAAAACAAGUGCUCAAACGGUUCCCAGGGGUAAAAAACACAAAGCGAUAUCCGGUUUAUUGGACUGCUGAUCAUAUUAACUGAAACUGGCUCGGCUUAAAAUGAGGUAAAGAUCAAUAGUACAUUUGAGAAAGUCCAAUACGACAGAGUGAGUCAGCCUGAGCCGUGGUCUUGGAUGGAUUAUGAAACAACAUGGCCGCAGGCACAGACAUGGAGAAGCUUUUCUCUCUCCUCCCAUGGAAAAGCAAGACUGAAAUCUACUCUGCAUCCUCCACACCAAACAAAUUACCACCUGCAGCAAAUACGUUUCGUCUGAAAAGGUUAUUUCAACCCAACGUUUGCUGUGAUUGUCAAUCCUUGUGUUACAGGAGGAGAAGAUUAUAUGCUUUGCUUUUCACUCCCGAUAGUCCGGCAGACUCGGUUCGACUGAGGACCAAAUUUACAACAUUCGUUACAUUUUUAGCUGCUGCGAUUUGCUUUCUCACUGCACCGUGUCAAACGAACCAGCUAAUUGAAAAACCUGUUCCCCUCUUCACCUGUGGCGGCGCUGCACUGAGAACUAUUGAAGGAAGCAACAUAAAAACCUCAGAAGAAGACAUGAUCGCAACUUCCUCCUUCACGAAAUGUAAACAGAAACGGAGUAGCAUCGUAUUUUAGCGGUUAGGAUUUCUCUCUUGUCUUUGGUAAAAACACCACGACUCGUUUCCACUGCUAGCAUUUUGGUUGUAUUUACCCAGAAUGCCCUGCACCAUAGUCCACUUCCUGCUUGUGGAGCGGCAUCCGGUCCGCUUGGCAUUCAAACCGCACCAGAGUCCAAUCAAACUGAGGCUUUUAGGCGGAUUAAUGUUUGCUUUUUUGCUCUGCGUCAGAAUUCAUUCACGCCUUCCCAAACGAACUGGACUUAUAAACAAAUGAACCACAAAUAUCUUGGGUUUGUGCAGUUGUGCAAUUAAUUAUUGACUAAUUAAUAUUAAAAAACCUACUAUCAUUACAUGUUCUAUYAUUGAUCAGAGAGAUAUUUGAAGAUGCAUUUUCGUGUCUAUGUGCAACCUUCAUUUUUCCCAGACUCAAACACGUUUCCAUGUAUUUAUCCUGCAGAGAAAAAACUCAACUUACUCAUUUUUUGUUCAGUUUCAGUAUUUCUGUUCUUUGCGAACAGUUUGUGUUGUGAUGGGAGAUCUAUAAAUACAUGUUUACUGUUGGUGGAAUAAUACAGAUGGCGCUGCUGCGUGAUUAAUUACUGAAUUCAGUGCAUUAAGCAGAAAUAUUGCUUUUCCUCCUGUUCUCAGCUUGGUUCGUUUUCUCUCAUAAACCUUCACAUAUGGUGAGCGGCUUGUUGUUAGUGAAUAAAACCAUCUAAUGACUCAGAGUGACAAAUAGUUUCAAGGCUUACUUUCAGACAUGCAACAUUUUAUGCUAAUAUGAUAAUCUGRGAGAACAGCCCAUCAGAUUCUGAUGCAUAAACAUAUGCACCUGUUCUGAUCCUGGUCCGGAUUAGACUGAGCCGGCAUGAUGAAAUGCACAGCUGUGUGUGAUGCAGCUGAAGGAUCCUAGUUACAUGUUGCGUCAGCUCAAAGAUGAAUAUCUUCACACUCCGAAUGAGGGAACAGGAACAGUUGCGAUGCAUUUCUUCACUGAAAUAUUCAUGAUCCAGUUUGCAGAACCACUAAUUGUCCCAGACGUGUUCUGAUGACGGCAGCGAAACCCGUCGGCUCGGCUGCGCCUGGCAGACAUUACAGCUGAGGCUAAAGGACAGCAGCCAGACAUCAGGAGUCUGAAGUUGACUGAAGGUUUUAGCCUGAGAUGUCCACAGCUUCUGGUUAAACGACCCAAAUAAAACAURAACUCCUUCAACCUGGCAGGCGAUGACGAGAUUCUCAUUUAUGAAAAUUCACAUUUUGUGUGUUUUUAUGCUUCCGUUUUGGUUUCAACUGCUUCUAAAAACAGAUCAUGUGAAUAAAAGAAACUCGCUCAACUGCUUUAUUUGGCAACAUGUCAAUGAUUUUGGUGUCUGGAAAAUGUAACAUUACAUUUGACGGGCACUCCGUCGUUACCUAGCAACCUCAGCCCGUCACCUAGCAACCAAAGUGGAACUCUAGCAAGUUUGGUUUUACUGCUGUAUGCGCUGUACAACGGCUGCUGGGAAUGACAAGUGUUUGUUAUUGACUUACCACCCAGGAACCACUUGCUGAGUUAUUUUUGGUUGUGCAGAAGGCUCCAUUUUUGCUUUUCAAAGAUGUACGGUGGGAUAACUGCAGAUCUGUUUGCAGCUAUUUUCACCUGUGAGUGAAAACGUUGAGCUGAGGGGCGUGGCCAGCAGAUCAUUUGGAUUUAAAGUGACAGGAAGCCCAAAAUAGGCAGAACUGACCAGACUGAAUUCUCAUUAUCAAAUAAUUAUUUUGAGCAGAAAAUGUCAUAAACGGCGUACUGGGUCAAGUUGAGGUAACAAGGUGAACAAUGGGGCAAUAGAUUUACACUCACACACACCUAAGGGCAAUUUUAGAUCAUUCAGUGAACCUAACAAUAAUGUUUUAGAUUGCUGUUGUUUCGAUAAUUUUGUCUCUGUGAUUGGGAAAAAUACAAAUWWAAAAAAAUAAAUAUGCAUAAACAUAAAAGAAGCAUAAAAUAGACCAAGAGAACUAGUUCACAACUUCAAAAAUAAGUUAACUUUCUAUCUUCUUAAUUCCUCUGAGUGGUGAGAUAUAUUUUUAAUGCGGGAGCAACUCUGCUUCCGAGCUGAUGGACAUUUAGAUGGAAAGAGAUUUCUUAAUGCAAUGUAAAUAUUACUUCAUAUUUAUUUCAUCGGAUCUCAUCUCUUUGUGGUGGAAAAGCAGACGGACCACCACAGCUGGAAAAUGGGAUUUUAACUUGGACAGAAGCUGAUAGAGAGUUUGAUUAUUUGGCAGAUUUCAUUUGUAUCYGUCUGGAUUUAUAGUUUAAUGAAGCUGGGAGGCGUCAGAUGAAUCGACCUCUGCAUCAAGAUGGAUCUUUAUUCAUUGCUGUGGGAUCCUCUGGUUAUCCGUUUMAGUUAAUAAGGGACGUCCAAAGCGUAUCAAACCGAUCUGAACUGUGGUCUUCCUCCGUCUGCAGGAAGAUUUCCAACUCGUGGCUGAGCACCGGCUGGUUCACCAUGACCAUCGCUCUGGAGCUCUGCGAUCGGAUCAACGUGUUCGGCAUGGUGGCCCCCGACUUCUGCAGGGAGCCUCAGCACCAGUCCGUCCCCUACCACUACUACGAGCCGCGGGGGMCCGACGAGUGCGCCAUGUACAUCUCCCACGAGCGCGGCAAGCGCGGCAGCCACCACCGCUUCAUCACGGAGAAGCGCGCCUUCGCCAACUGGGCAAGGACGUUUGACAUCCACUUCUUCCAGCCGGACUGGAGCCCCCCGCCUCUCCCAGACAACCGGACACUGCCGGGAACGGCAGCCGCCGCCGUGGUUCUGCAGACUACGUGACUGCCAAUGGAGCUGGRAUGAGCUUUUAGAGAUCCAAUCGCUCCGAUGGACAACUGGAAAAACAGAUGGAUGAGGAGUGCCUUUGCUGCAGCCAGAGUUUUAUUCAUGGAGGGACAUGAUGCGGCUCAGAGCUGUUUGAAACCCUGGAAGGCAGCGUCAUCAAACGCUCUGAAAGUGUGUGUGUGUGUGUGUGUGUGUGUGUG